AUGAAUUUUGCAGAGUUUCGAUUAUGCUACUUGCUCCUUGGUAUUGUUCUUGCUUUGUGCUUUAACCAAGUGUCCUCCACCACCAAUGAAACAGAUAGACUCGCACUGCUAGCAUUUAGAGUCGCCAUAACUAUAGAUCCUUUUGGUAUACUCAACUCAUGGAAUGAUAGCAUUGGGUUUUGCCAAUGGUAUGGUGUUACAUGUGGCCACAAGCACCAGAGGGUCACUAUCUUGGACUUGCAAUCACAAGGACUCUCCGGAUCAAUAUCUCCUCAUAUCGGAAAUCUCAGCUUCUUAAGGGAGAUGUCGCUACAAAACAAUAGCUUCAAUCAAGAAAUCCCACCACAACUUGGCCAGUUGCGCCGCUUGCAUACCCUAGUUUUGCUCAACAAUUCAUUGGUUGGCAAAAUUCCCAAAAACAUAUCAGAUUGCUCAGACCUAGUCUAUCUCAACCUUCGGAACAAUGAACUAACCGGAGAAAUUCCUAAAGAGCUUGGUUCAAUGCUGAAGCUACAAGCAUUCGAUGUGGGUUGGAACAAUCUAAUCGGGAGUGUGCCUUCCUUCAUUGGGAACUUAUCUUUACUGGAGUUCCUUUUUUUAACCCACAACAACUUGGGUGGGAGCAUUCCCCAAUUUUUAGGCCACCUGACAAACUUGAAACUCAUCGCUUUUGGAGAAAACAAACUGUUAGGUACAAUUCCAUCUUCAUUACUCAAUCUCUCUUCACUCACUGUGUUUGAUGUUGGAUUAAACCAGAUACAUGGGACUCUUCCUACAAGCAUAGGCCUCAAACUCCCAAAUCUUGAAUUUUUUAGCGUUUUUGGGAAUCAACUUGAGGGGCCAAUUCCUCCAUCGAUAUCGAAUUGCACACAGCUAGGCUCACUUCAACUUCAAGCUAAUAGAUUUUCUGGAAAUGUACCUUCUAUGGAGAAUUUGUAUAGGCUUGCUGAGUUUGCUAUCAUUGAUAAUCAGCUUGGAAGUGGAGAACCUGGAGACUUGAGUUUUCUUUGCUCGUUAACUAACAGCACCAGAUUACAGUUUCUGGCUGGUGAGACGAACAAUUUUGGUGGGGUGUUACCUAAAUGCAUAGGUAAUUUAUCCAUCACUCUCAAUAUAUUUGCUUUUGACAAGAAUCAAAUAUCUGGUGAGAUUCCAGAAGAAUUCAAGAAUCUUAUCCACUUGAGGGUUUUGUUUAUGAGUUUCAACCAGCUUUCAGGUGUUAUCCCCUCAAAUUUGGGGACUCUACAAGAGGUAGGGAUGCUAAAUUUAUGUUAUAACAAUCUGGGAGGGACUAUCCCGUCUUCUUUUGGAAAUUUAACGAAGUUGAUUCAACUGGAUCUUUGGGGUAACAACUUUCAUGGGAAAAUUCCUUCACAUCUAUCAAAUUGCCGAUCUCUUGAUUAUCUUAUUCUAUCUAAUAACAGUCUAAGUGGUGCCAUACCCUCACAGCUUAUUAGUCUCUCAUCGUUAUCGAUCAUUCUAGACUUGUCUCAUAACCAUCUAACCGGGGCUCUACCCACAGAAGUUGGCAACUUAAGAGCUUUAACUACGUUGGACGUCUCGAACAAUUUGUUGGUAGGUGAAAUCCCUAGUAGUUUAGGUCAAUGCACUGCAAUAACGUUAUUGAGGAUGGGGAGCAACUUCUUCAACGGGUCCAUUCCUCAAUCAAUCAAAUCGUUAGGAGGCAUUGAAGAACUGGAUCUUUCAUGCAACAAUUUGUCAGGUCAGAUUCCAGAAUUUUUAACAACAUUUCGCUCCUUGAAAAUUUUGAAUUUAUCAUACAAUAAUUUUGGAGGCAUGUUGCCGCGUGAAGGAAUCUUUAAGAAUGUUACUAGUACUUCUAUUAUUGGGAACAAUGAGCUCUGCGGUGGACUGCAAGAAUUUCACCUCCCCAACUGCAUCUCCAAAAGGUCCAAGAGCAAAAAGAUAAACAUAGCGAUACUGUCUGCCUCUAUUAUUUCCGGAGUUCUAGGAGUAGCUCUUAUUCUAAGUUUUAUAUAUCUUUGUUGGUUCAAGAAGAAAGUAAAUGAACCGGUUCCAAGUUUGAUAAAUGAUUCACAUCCGAAUGUGUCCUAUGGAGCACUCCUAAAAGCAACUGAUGGUUUUUCUUCAACAAAUUUGAUCGGUGUUGGAAGCUUUGGUUCCGUUUAUAAGGGAGUACUUGAGGACAAUGGAACUAUUGUUGCCGUGAAGGUACUCAAUUUAGUUUGUCGUGGUGCUUUGAAAAGCUUCGAGGUGGAGUGCGAGGCAUUAAAGAACAUCAAACAUCGAAAUCUUCUGAAGAUACUGACAGUUUGCUCGGGUAGUGAUUAUCAAGGAAAUGAUUUUAAGGCCUUAGUCUAUCAAUUCAUGGACAAUGGAAGCUUGGAACGAUAUUUACACCCAAAAGUGACAUCUCAUGGGAAUGAGCUCCUAAAAAAAUUGAAUUUCAUUCGGAGAAUAAAUAUUGCUAUGGAUGUUGCUUUUGCCUUGGAUUAUCUUCAUUAUCAAUGCCACAUCCCCAUUGUUCAUUGUGAUCUAAAGCCAAGUAAUAUCCUCUUAGAUGCUGAGAUGGUCGCACAUGUUGGCGACUUUGGAUUGGCAAAAUUCCUUCUUGGAUCAUCCCUUGAUACUAUAGUUAAUCAGAUGAGCUCUAUAGGCCUUAGAGGACAAUUGGUUAUGCUCCUCCAGGUUUCAAGAGAUGGGGACGUCUAUAGUUACGGCAUUCUCUUACUGGAGAUGUUCACAGGGUUGAGUCCCACCGAUAACAUAUUCAGAGAUGAUUUGACCCUUCAUAGUUUUGUCGCAAAAGCUUUGCCUGGACGAGUACUUGAAAUUACAGAUGGCGUUUUGCUUCAGGAAAGAGAGAGCCAUUUGGGCCCCCGUAGUCCCCAGCAAUGGCUUCUUGAAAGCGAUGGCAUAUUUUUAGAGUGUUUGGUUAUGGUGUUCAAUAUUGGAGUCGCUUGUUCAUAUAAUGUGCCUGGAAGACGGAUGAGCAUCAGUGGAAUUGCAAAUCAGCUGCAACAGAUUAGGGAGAAACUCUUUGCAUUGGGUUUACAUGGAGAAGAUGAACUACUUACAGCUUCUGUUUAG